UGUCAUGCCAAUUGUAAAUUGGGAACCUUUGUUUGGCACACGUUCCCUGUCGUGCAUAGACUCGCGUGGACUCAAGUAGGCAUAACAAAUCGAGUGACGAUACUUUUGCAGGUGAAAAUGAUGUAAGAAAAUCCCUAAAAAGAAAAAAGGUCAUGGUGGAGAACUCUCCUUCUCCUCUUCCAGAAAGGGCCAUCUAUGGCUUUGUUUUAUACCUCGGCUCACAGUUUGGCUUCUUUCUGUAUUGUGUCUGGGCAUACAUCCCAGAGGAGUGGCUCCAUUCAGUUGGACUCACUUACUGGCCUCAAAAAUAUUGGGCCCUGGCUGUGCCAAUCUACCUGCUGGUCGCAUUGACCAUCUGUGUGGUGAUGCUUUAUGGAGUCAACAUGUACAACACGGCGCCUCUUGACUCUCUUGACAACAUUACUGAUGUAUAUGCAAGAAGCCAAGUGAAUGAAGUCCCCCAGAAGGGCCAAAUACCAAGACUAAAAGACGUGCCCAUCAGUGAAGUCAACAAAAUGUUCUACUUGUCGUCUAAAUGAUGAACACCUUUGUUUUUGUUGGAUGGAGGAAAUGUGACUGGUAAAGUUUUACAAUGGUUAAAUGUUUUUUUUUAAUAAAAUGAUUUAUUUUUUAUA